CAGCUGGAUUCAAUAUGGCUGCCAUUUAAAGAGCACAAAGACUACGAGGUUUUUAAACUGAUAUUGCAGAAAUGGAUGUUCAAAACGAUCAAGAAUAUUACACAUGUGGAUUGUGUCUGCAGAUUUUCCAAGAUUACCAUGAACUGGAAAACCACAGUAAGAUCCACGUGAAAACAGAGGGAACCGAAGACCAGAUAGAAAUAUUUGAUCCUAGAAAUAUUGAGGCGCACAAAAACGCACAAAAUGUCAACAACGCAGAUGAAAAUUCUGGCGUUGCAAUAUUCAACAGUGGUGGGGAGAGGAAAAGGGAGGGAAUUACGUUAAACGAUAAGUCAGAAAUCAAUAUGGACACCAGAGCGGAAGGACGGGGUCGUAGAUGCAGAAUUUGUAAUGAAGAAUUUAAUAAUGAGUCUGAGUUAGAAAAACAUUAUUGUACAAAUCAUUUCGGGGCAAACUGGUCGGAAACACUUGAAGGUAAAACAGACAAAGAUUUUAGCAAUAAUUUAAGCCUGGACAAUCCAACAUUGAAAGCCUAUACUAAUGAACGGAAUGAUGCUAAUUCUCAAUAUGGCUGCCAUAUCUGCAAUACGACAUUUCAAUAUAAACAGGAAAUAAUAAACCAUUUAAAAAUUCACGAAGACAAAUCUAAGCCCUCGUCGCAAUCAAACGAAAAAACAUUGAAUUGUGAACUGUGUGAUAAAUCGUUCAAAACAACUGCGGGUCUGAAUCUUCAUGUCAAAACACACAAUGGAGAUAAACCCAUCGAUUGCGAUAUUUGUGGAAAGUCGUUUAAAACUAGCGUUGGUUUAAAUCUGCACAUCCAGUCACACAGUGGAGAAAAACCCAUCGAUUGUGAAGUGUGCGGGAAGUCCUUUUCAUCUAAAGCUCACUUGACGUAUCAUCUUCGGACCCAUUUUGGAAAGAAAUCGUACCAUUGUGAUUACUGUACUAAGGCGUUUGCUUCAAAUACUCUGUUAACUCGUCAUAUCAGGACUCACACUGGCGAAAAACCGUUCAAGUGUGAAGUCUGUAAUAAAUCGUUCAGUGAGAACGGAAGUCUGACGAAGCAUAUGCGAAUACACGCAGUAGAACAGCCGUACAAAUGUGGAGAAUGCAAUAAAACAUUUACGUACAAACACAAUUUAGAGAAUCAUCUGAUGCUUCAUACAGGGCACAGGCCCUACUCGUGUGAAACUUGCGGAAAGGGGUUCCGAUUUGCCGGGGAUCUGACCGUACACAUCCGAAUUCAUACCGGGGAGAAGCCAUUUACAUGUGACGUUUGUAGUAAAGGCUUUGUGACGAAAAGCAAGUUGACGCGUCACGCCCUCUAUCAUUCAGAUAAUAAACCGUUUGAAUGUGGUGAAUGUGGGAAGAAGUUCACAGAGAAGAACAACCUGCAGAAACAUCUGAUGAUCCACACAGGACAAAAACCCUACCAAUGUCCAACCUGUGGGAAGGGGUUUCGAUUUCCGGGAGAAGUCAAAAUCCAUGCCGCGGUUCACAAUAAGGAUCAGUUAGAACCAGCUUUGGAAAAUCCUGAAAGUUCUGCUGGACUUUCGAUGGAAUAUGAUUCCCAAGUCGAGUACCCUAUCGCUGCUAAUAUUGAACCAAGUUUGGAGGAAUCUGAAACUCAAGCCCAAUUCCAAAGCUUCACUUAUGCUGAACCAGGUUUGGAAAAUUCUGGGAGUCAAUGAUGGAAAAUCGUAAAUGUUCAUUUCCCUAAGAUUACUGAAUCCAGUUUAAAAAUAUUUUCUGAUAAUCCAUUCAAUUUCAAGCCUGAUUACCUACAUGUACCUAAUAAAAUUUGGAAAAUGCCUAAAGUUCUCCUAAAUUUUUGAUGGCCUGACGUAACACCCCGAUCCGUGUGGGAAAUAACUUUAUUUAUCCUCCACUUUCAC